CAUCGGCCUUCCCGGCCCCCCGGCCCCAGCGGUAAGGAAGGUGGCAAAGGACCCCGUGGUGAGACCGGCCCCGCUGGCCGCCCCGGUGAACCUGGCCCUGCCGGCCCCCCCGGACCCCCUGGCGAGAAAGGCUCCCCCGGCGCUGACGGCCCCAUUGGCGCUCCCGGCACCCCCGGACCCCAAGGUAUCGCCGGUCAGCGCGGUGUCGUCGGUCUCCCCGGACAGCGAGGUGAAAGAGGCUUCCCCGGCCUGCCCGGCCCCUCUGGUGAACCCGGCAAGCAGGGUCCCUCAGGUUCCCCUGGUGAACGCGGUCCUCCCGGCCCCAUGGGCCCCCCUGGCCUUGCUGGUCCCCCUGGUGAAGCUGGACGUGAGGGUGCUCCCGGUGCUGAAGGUGCCCCCGGUCGUGACGGUGCUGCUGGUCCCAAGGGUGACCGUGGUGAGACCGGCCCUGCCGGCCCCCCUGGUGCUCCCGGUGCCCCGGUGCCCGGCCCCGUCGGUCCUGCUGGCAAAAAUGGAGAUCGCGGUGAGACCGGCCCUGCUGGUCCCGCCGGCCCCCCUGGUCCCGCUGGUGCUCGUGGUCCUGCUGGUCCCCAAGGUCCUCGUGGUGACAAAGGUGAAACCGGUGAACAGGGUGACAGAGGCAUGAAGGGCCACAGAGGCUUCUCCGGUCUCCAGGGCCCACCUGGUCCUCCUGGCGCUCCUGGUGAACAAGGUCCUUCUGGUGCUUCUGGUCCCGCCGGUCCACGAGGUCCUCCUGGCUCCGCCGGUGCCGCCGGCAAAGACGGUCUCAACGGGCUGCCCGGCCCCAUCGGCCCCCCGGCCCCCGCGGUCGCACCGGUGAAGUCGGCCCUGUUGGUCCCCCCGGCCCUCCUGGCCCCCCCAGGUCCUCCCGGCCCCCCCAGCGGCGGCUUCGACUUCAGCUUCCUGCCUCAGCCACCCCAAGAGAAGGCGCACGACGGCGGCCGCUACUACCGAGCCGACGAUGCCAACGUGAUGCGCGACCGUGACCUGGAGGUGGACACCACCCUGAAGAGCCUCAGCCAACAGAUCGAGAACAUCCGCAGCCCCGAAGGCACCCGCAAGAACCCUGCACGCACCUGCCGGGACCUGAAGAUGUGCCACGGCGACUGGAAGAGCGGCGAGUACUGGAUCGACCCCAACCAGGGCUGCAACCUGGACGCCAUCAAGGUCUACUGCAACAUGGAGACAGGCGAGACGUGCGUCUACCCCACGCAAGCCACCAUUGCCCAGAAGAACUGGUACCUCAGCAAGAACCCCAAGGAGAAGAAGCACGUCUGGUUCGGCGAGACGAUGAGCGACGGCUUCCAGUUUGAGUACGGCGGUGAGGGCUCCAACCCGGCUGACGUUGCCAUCCAACUGACCUUCCUGCGCCUGAUGUCCACCGAGGCCACCCAAAACGUCACCUACCACUGCAAGAACAGCGUUGCCUACAUGGACCAGGACACCGGCAACCUGAAGAAGGCUCUGCUGCUCCAGGGAGCCAACGAGAUCGAGAUCAGGGCCGAAGGAAACAGCCGCUUCACCUAUGGGGUCACCGAGGAUGGCUGCACGGUGAGCGGCUGUGGGGAUGGGGGACACAGGGAUGGGGGACUUGGAGACGGGGGACAUGGGGAUAUGGGGAUGGGAAAU